UGUCCCACGUUAAAAAUUUCCUCAGGCCAGGGCGGGCCAUAGAAAAGUAAUUUUGCCUCCCCCGACCUCACCUUUUCUUUUUUUCUACGCUUGUUUCCCCUCAUCACCAGCUUCUGGAACCAAUUGAGAAAUCAGUCACAAUGGCUUUCGGCACUCUUUUCACCAAGUCUGACAACCCCCGCUCUACCGCCAUCAAGGCGGUCGCUAAGGCCAACGGCCUCGACCUCAAGAUCGUCGAGGUUGAGUUUGAGGAGACUCGCACUGCUGAGCACCUCAAGGCCAGCCCUCUUGGCAAGAUCCCCGCCUUCGCUGGCGAGGACGGCUUCCAGCUCUCCGAGGCUAUCGCCAUUGCCAUCUACAUCACCUCCCAGAACGAGAAGACCACUCUCCUCGGCAAGACCAAGCAGGACUACGCUUCCAUCCUCCGCUGGAUGAGCUACUUCAACACCGAGAUCAUCGACCCUCUUUCUCAGCAGUACCUCCCCCUUCUUGGCCGCACUGCCUACGACAAGAAGGCCAUUGAUGCCGCCGCUGCUGUCAGCAAGAAGUCUACCAACGCUCUCGAGGCUUACCUCCGUGACACCACCUUCCUUGUUGGCGAGCGCAUCACCCUCGCUGAUAUCUUCGCCGCUGGCAUCAUCACCCGUGGCUUCCAGUUCUUCUACGGCAAGGAGUGGCGCCAGGAGAACCCCAACAUCACCCGUUGGUUCGAGCUCAUCAUCAACCAGCCCAUCUUCUCUGCUGUCGCUGAGAAGCUUGAGUUCCUCGAGACCCCCAAGCUCACCAACGUCAAGCCCGCUGCCCCCAAGCCCGCUGCCGCCCCCAAGGCUGCCCCCAAGGCUGCUGCCGCUGCCGCUGAGGAGCCCGCUGCUGAGGAGCCCAAGGCCAAGCACCCUUGCGAGGCUCUCGGCCGCCCUACCUUCCCUCUCGAUGAGUGGAAGCGCCAGUACUCCAACAACGAGACCCCUGAGGCCAUGAAGUACUUCUGGGAGAAGGUCCCCACCUCCGAGUACUCCAUCUGGCGCGUUGACUACAAGUACAACGAUGAGCUUACCCUGACUUUCAUGUCCAACAACCUCAUCGGUGGCUUCAACGCCCGUCUUGAGGGCUCUCGCAAGUACCUCUUUGGUUGCGCUUCCGUCUACGGCGAGAGCAACGACUCCGUCAUCCAGGGUGCUUUCGUCAUCCGUGGUGAGGAGUACCUCCCCGUCUUCGAUGUCGCUCCCGACUACGAGUCCUACUCUUUCACCAAGCUCGAUGCCUCCAAGCCUGAGGACCGCGAGUUUGUUGAGGCCCAGUGGGGCUGGGACAAGCCUGUCACCGUCAACGGCAAGGAGUACGCUCACGCCGCCGGUAAGGUCUUCAAAUAAAUCAUCAAUAAUGGCGUAUUAAUGAAGGAAAAUGAUAAUGUUGCACGGAUCAUGUGUUGAUGCGGAUGGGUUAAACAAAAACGGUUUACGAGCUCAAGGCUAGUCUUGUUGCGCAAGGCUCUUGAACGUAAUGAUUUAUGGAUGGUGGCAAACACCAGGACGGUUAAAAAUGGUCCAGUUGACAAAAGUUAUUUAACAUAAAAUUACAUACACUUGAUUGAUGAAACCUGAUGUCUUCUUUUGAGUUUCUUAUACGUGCUAUUAUCCUUUAUUGUGUAAGCUAUGUAAACUGUGCAUCAUUUGUCACAGCCUGUAUGUAUUUCUAUCAUCAUCACCUGUUGUCUAGUUUUGUUGUUGCUGGGGGUAUAUUUGGUAGUUUGUAUUUAGCACAAACGGGCUCUCUCUAACGUAUCGACUGAUGUCUGACUGGUGACAUAGCGUGUUGAGGUAAUCGUGUACUUGCGGCAGGACAUCCGUUGGCUCAUUCAUGACGCCUGAGAACUCGGGAAUCUGUAAGAGAUUGAACGGCUCACUCCUAGCCUUUUCUUUCGAGUCAUCGACCAGGAUUGUGUUUGUUUGGUCCCAUGUCAUGCCGUAGUCUAUCUCAGGGUGCGAUUCGAUGACGGCCGGGUUGGCCCAUAUCUUGGUCAGGCGCUUGUAGCACUGCGUCCUGCCAUCGUAGUCUUCGGCACUCAGCCCAAACUUGUCUCGGCCCCAGAUGACGACGCAGCGAGUGCGCAGAUCUGGCGCAAGCAGACGCUCAACCAUCUUGUGCACGUUUAUCGGCCGAGCCGACGACCAUAUGGCGACGGCAAAUGUGUCUAUGCAGUAUCGAAGGAAGCGUUUCGCAUGCGGUCUUUCUUGGAAUGUAAACGGCUGCUUCUUGUUUGGGCGGUACAACAGCGUUCCAUUGAGAUCCAUAAUGACGAGGAUCUUCUUGGGCGUAGCGAUAGGACGGGGCGGGCCAUAUGCCUGCUGGAGAUACUGGUCCGUCGGCUCAGGCACACCACCCGACUCGGCGCUUGGCGGCUGUCUAGGCCGGUUGUCGCCUUUCGAGGUCUUUGCCGUUUCCUCGCGCUGCCUCUGCAGGUGCUGGGCUCUAUUUGAGACAGCUUUGUUGUUCUGUGUAUCCAUGUUGAGGGCACGUUUGGCCUUGUCGAUCUCGUUCUGGGGUGCGAUGUCGGGGAGGAGUUCAAGCCCAGGGACGCGCUUCUUCAUGCCACCCUGGAUCUUGCGGCGCUGCUCGUCAAUCUUCUCGAUGAGGUCGCGUGGAAGCUUCUGCUUGGUCCACGGCGGCGAGCGGUAGUGUGUUUCUUGGGCGGACCGCAGGCGUGGCGGCCAGACUUUUUGGGGAUCGUAGUCGGCGAUGGAGGGGCGGUUGCGCGCGUAUGGACGGGUUGCGGCGGCGCAACGAGAAGAGGAGGAGGUGAUUGGGCGGCGGAGAGAGGGAUACAUUUAGUGUAUCAUGUUUAUUUGCAUGGUGGUGAGGG